AAAUGAGUGCAAUUGUUUGGUAAUUUGAAUUGAAGUACUGAACUCCAUGUACUGAACUCCAUUUUGUUUUCUGACCUCCAUCUUCUAUGGCCUCCUUCACGGAAGUAGGAGUUCCUGCCUUAGAAGUUCCCCCCUUAGGAGUUCCCACCUUAGAAAACCCACCAAUAAGGAUAUCCGCCCCAGUCUAUUUCAUGAUCCUUAUAUGGUCCCAAAAGCAGGAUUAACCAAUCGCUUGUUUGGCUUCUGUAACUUCCUGCUUACGCAACCCCUGACCGUUUACUCUGUGGCUUCUGCCUUUAUAAACCCAAGCUCUACCCCUGAUCAGGGCUGCUCGAUCUGGGUGUGUACCCCUUGCAGCCACGCGCUAAUAAAUCCACAUUUCAAAUUGUGUCUGGGUCUCGCUUGCUGAGUUUUCGGUACAACAUUUUGGAGGCCCCAGAGAGAUUCGCGGCACACUGUGUCACUGCAGAGACCCACCUGGGGAAAACUUCGGCCUCGGGAGGGAGGGAUUGCUCUGUUCUGACUUUUAGGGGAACCGGCCCCUGAGAUGUUCCAGGGCCCCAGAACUCAGGGCUGGGACAAGCCUCCCUCCCCGACUCCGACUGUACCUCAUUUCGGCCCUGUGGAUUCUGGACCUGGUAACCCUCUGGAGUUCCUGCAGGGGCUCCAGGAAACACAGAAGACUCUCCUGAAAUCUUUCCGAGACGCCCUACCAGUCCCUACCUCUGAGCCUGUACACGCUUUCAGCCCAAGAGACCCAGUCCUGGUCAAGAAGUACACUGCCCAUCUGGCCUGGAACCUAAGUGGAAAGGUCCCUACACCGUGAUCCUGACCACUCCAACAGCCAUAAAGGUGGACUCUAUCCCUGUCUGGCUUCAUCAUUCACAAGUAAAGGCGGCCGCUUCAUCUACUGGUCCUGAGAAAUGGGAAACAUUACCAGGUCCAGAUCCCCUCAAGUUGCAUCUCUCCCAAUCAUCCCCUUCCUAACCUUUUCUUUUGCCCUUCUUUUAAUCCCUUGCAUUGGACACCCUAAUCCCCAUGCUCCUUUGCCAAAACCUAAGUGGGUCCUAAAAUCCAGGGGGGCUAACCCGAAUACACCCUCACUCUGCCUGACUGCCUGCCUGGCCCCCACGGCCCUGGCACCCUCUUCAGUGUUCCCAAACCACCGUGCUCUGGCAUCCCUUCCAAACCCUUUCUCUGCCCGGGGUCAAAUGUAUGUCAGCCUCCUGAGUACUUUGACCCAGCAGCAUCUUUUACCCUCAUGGCAACUCUACUCAUGUGACUCUUGUUAUCCCUAAUCAAAAGUCCCCCCAGUGGUUCACACCCCGGACCUGGGGUUUGUAUGCUUGUCGGGGGGGAGAAGAAGGGGUGCUCCUCACUGUGUGUAAACAGGUCCCCAAGAGGUCCCCUUUGCCCAUCGGUCCUCUAGGAGAAUUGGCCCUCCCACCUAAAAUUCUUCCUAAUCCUCUGACUCCUACUAGGACCCCUCAGGCUGACCCCCCUCACCCCUCUAUUAUGGGACUGCUCCGAGCUAUCCAUGGUGUUGUCAACUCCACCCGGCCUGACCUAGGGCCUAGUUGCUGGCUGUGUAUAGAUGCACAGCCUCCAUACUAUGUGGGAGUGGCAGUUAAUGGUUCUGUUUCCCAUAGCUCAGACUCUGAGAAUUGCCGGUGGGAACAACCUAGGUUGACCCUCAGCGAUGUCCAAGGCAAAGGUACCUGUCUUACCUCAUCCUCCUCAUCCCUGGAAACUUCUCCUUACUCUCCUAUCUGUAAUAGUACUGUGGUUGUUCCAGAAUCCUCCUCCUCUUUUUAUUCAGCGCCAUCCGGCACUUGGUGGGCCUGUCUAGAUGGGAUUACACAGUGCAUCUCUGCUGCGGUGUUCCUGAAGGAAUCUGAGCCUCUAUGUAUAUUAGUCUCCAUUAUCCCCCAGGUCUCCCUUCUGCAGGGCCCGGAGGGUUGGGAGUACUUUGCCCAUGAUGGCAGUGUGUCCUACCGAAGCAAGCGAGCUGUUCCCCUCCUCAUCCCUAUCCUCGUAGGGUUGGGGCUAGUGGGAUCAACCGCUGUAGGUACCGCUGCCUUAGUCCAAGGAGAGGCCAGUUACCGGGAACUUAGUGCUCAGGUCGACGUUGACCUCAGUCAUCUGGAGCACUCUAUAUCCCAACUGGAGAGACAGGUCAACUCCUUGGCCGAGAUGGUUCUGCAGAACCGGAGGGGUCUAGACUUAUUGUUUCUCAGGCAGAGCGGCUUUUGUGCUGCCCUCGGGGAGGCCUGCUGUUUCUAUGCCAAUAACUCAGGUGUAGUUCAGGAGAGCCUUUCCCUGGUAUGGAAAAAUAUUGCAGACAGGCAGAGGGAACGAGAAAGGAGUGAAAAUUGGUACCAGAGCCUGUUUCGGACUUCCCCAUGGUUAACUACUCUUAUUUCUGCCUUGGCCGGGCCUCUGCUCCUCCUCGCUAUAGCCCUAAUUUUUGGUCCUUGUCUGGUUAAUCGACUCCUUGACUUUGUUAAAUCCCAUAUUAAUUCAGUUAAGUUACUAUUGGUCAGAGAUCCCCGCUAUCAGCCGCUGGCAUCCGCCUCCUUUGCACCCUACAAUGAUGCAGCCCCCAUCACGUCAAGGGUUUGAUGUGGUACACAAAAGAAGUGGGAAAUGAAGUACUGAACUCCAUGUGCUGAACUCCAUUUUGUUUUCUGACCUCCAUCUUGUAUGCCCUCCUUCACGGAAAUAGGAGUUCCCGCCUUAGAAGUUCCUGCCUUAGAAAUCCCGCCAAGAAGGAUAUCUGCCCCAGUCUAUUUCAUGAUCCUUAUAUGGUCCCAAAAGCAGGAUUAACCAAUCGCUUGUUUGGCUUCUGUAACUUCCUGCUUAUGCAACCCCUGACCGUUUAGUCUGUGGCUUCUGCCUUUAUUAACCCAAGCUGUACCCCUGAUCGGGGCUGCUCGAUCUGGGUGUAUACCCCUUGCAGCCACGCACUAAUAAAUCCACAUUUCAAAUUG